AUGACUACUCUAAAGGCGCUUUUUUUCAGCAACAACUUCUUUGCGGGAUCGAUUCCCUCCUUCAUCGCCUCCCUGCCACAACUCAGCACACUAGGCCUCUUCUCCAACUACCUCACGGGCACCAUGCCCAUCCCUUCCACCUCCCUGGUCGCUCUGGACGUGGGUCUUAACUUCCUCUCGGGCUCCUUCCCUAAGCUCUCCCUCGCUGUCUGUGCGGCUGACCAGAACUGCUUCCUCAACUCCUACUGCCACACCUACGGCACACUACAGCGCCCCACCCUUGCCUAUGCCUUCUGCGGAACGACCAAUGGGCAGGGGGCGCUGUGCUCUGGUGCACUUUGUGCUCCACUCAGCCAGGGCGUUGUCCAAGUCUCCUCACUGCCGCUGGUGCCCAUGGCUUGUCCGGGUGAGUUUCUCAUGUUGAGUGGCAGUUAG